AUGAACCCCCUCGACGCAGCUGCGGCUGCCCCCACCGUUGAGGAGGUUGUCGCCAGCGACUCCGAAGACGACCUUCCCCCUCUCAAAGACGAACCGCCCUACCCUUACUUCGUCAUCCGACAAGACGUUGAGCUUGAGCUCAAUUUUCGCUCGAAGCGGAUCGAUGGAAAAACCCACAUCACCUUCGCCGUGGUGUCCGGCGCCCAGGUGGAAGAGCUUGCCAUUGAUGCGCGUCAAUCCGAAAUCGACGUCAAAAAUAUCACGGUGCAGAUUCUCAAGGACCUUCAACCCGUUGGUGAACCGAAAAAGGUUUCAGCAAACUACACGGACCCGUAUAAGUUACUGGAGUACCCGAAGUUUUACAACUGGAACGCCGAACAUCACGACCUUAGGAAGAUACGGAUGCGGCCCCUCAUGCACACCCGAAAGAGCGACGUGCCCGCCGAGAAUAGAGAGACGGUCGGCUGUACGCCCGUAGACGGUGCUUUACGAGUCAACUUGCGUGAUCUGAAGAAGGUCAAGGAAGAACCAGGAGCAGGAGUGCCAAAGCGUCCGACACUCAAGAUUCGGGUUUCGAGCAUGACACCAAGCUCCUUUGAGGCGCCAGAGAACGAACUGACAGGUACCCGUGAGUAUCGAGUCACGAUACCUUUCAAGACCAAACUGGUUAGAGAUGGUAUUCAAUUUGUCGGAGUAGAUGCAGGCGAUCUCAGAUACCCCCAUGCCUAUACACGGCAUUCUAUCGAGCCUGGAACUGCGUCUUGCAUCUUUCCUUGCAUUGACGAUCACGGCCAACUCUCAACGUGGAGUAUAGCUGUCAAGUGCCCAAGGACGCUGGGCGACGCUCUUUGGCAACCUCUGGCUACCCAGCAGCGGGCGAAUGGCAACACGAACGGCAACCGGGAUCGCGUUCACACCAGCCAAUCCAAGGCGGACAGAGAUUUCUCCCUUACUGAAGAAGACAAACUCCUCGAAAUGACGGUUGUUUGCUCUGGUUCGCUGACGGACGAGGUCGUGGAUCCGCAUGAUGAACGCAAGAAGAUUAUGACUUUUGAGAUGGACAAACGUGUCUCCGUUCAAAAAAUCGGUUUUGCAGUCGGUCCGUUUGAGCACGUCGACCUCUUUUCAGACUUCCGCACCGAAGAGAACGACGAAAAACUAGGCGCAAGCGCACUCAAGAUUCAUGGAUACUGCCUGCCUGGAAGAGCUGCCGAAGUCCAAAACACUUGUGCAGCCCUCGCAGCGGCAGCUGAUUUCUUUACUCUCACAUUCGCCAGAUAUCCAUUUGAAAGUUACAAGAUGUGCUUCUUGGACGACAUGGUUAAUGAUACUGUGGCCUUGCAGUCACUCUCGUUUAUCAGCACUCGUCUCCUCUUCCCGGAAGACAUCAUCGACCCAGAAGUAGACGUCACCAGACAAUUGGUGUUUAGUCUAGCAUCCCAAUGGAGCGGCAUUAACUUGUUCCCAAAUACGCGCCGAGAUUUGUGGGUGGUGAUUGGGAUUGCGUACUACAUGACCGACCUGUUCCUGAAGAAGCUCUGUGGAAACAACGACUACAGAUUCCGGAUGAAGACCAUGUCGGACCGACUGGUCAACAUUGAUAUCAAGAGGCCAUCAUUACAUGAACUUGGUCAUCUUUUGCACAUAGGAGACUUCGAGAUGGAGUUCAUGAUUCUGAAAGCCCCAUUGGUUCUUUUCAUUCUCGAUAAGCGCCUCAUGAAGGCGCCUGCUCAAACCAAUCUGACCCGCAUUAUCUCCCGAAUCCUCUACAAAGCGAACAUCGGAGAAAAACAAAGCGAGUGGAUUAUCAACACUGAGUCUUUCCAACGGGUCUGCGAGAAGAAUGCUAGAAAUAAACUAGAGGCAUUCUGGAACCAAUGGGUUUAUGGAUCUGGCUGUCCACGGUUUGAUGUCUUCCAGCGGUUCAACAAAAAGCGCCUCUGCGUGGAAAUGACGAUACGACAGGUCCAGGACAAAGCUUUAACCGAAACGCAAGCUCUGAAGAAGACAGAAUUUUUACGUGCUAUCAAGGAACGGUUUCACGGCGUGAAGGCCGACGAAACCAUAGGCCUGUUUACAGGCCCAAUGACGAUUAGGAUCCACGAAGCCGACGGCACCCCUUAUGAACAUAUAGUAGAAAUUCGGGAGGAUGCUGCAAAGGCGGCUAAGUUCGAAAUCCCCUACAACACGAAGUACAAACGGCUUAAGAGGAAGAGGAGGGCAACUGAGAAGCUAAGCGCGCAAUCAGCGGCAGACCCAGACAAUAAUGAAGAGACGCUUCUGUACUGCCUAGGAGAUGUUUUGACUGGCCCCGAGGACAUGAGAAAGUGGGAGUUUGCCGAAUGGGAACCUGAAAUCGAGAAGGCCAUGGACCAGGAAUCCUAUGAGUGGAUCCGAAUGGACGCUGAUUUUGAAUGGGCCUGCGAGAUGAAGACAAAUCUCCAGAGUUACAUGUAUGUGUCCCAGUUGCAGCAGGACCGAGAUGUCGUUGCGCAACAGGACUCGAUGCUUUAUCUAAAGAAGAGCCCGCCUCACCCGCUUGUCUCAACCUUUUUAACCAGAACUCUCGUCGACCGUCGGUACUUCCAUGGUAUCAGAACCAUGGCUGCCGAGACGUUACAUCAGCACGCCACAGAGAAGGUAUCGAUGGCAGGCAUGACACACAUUCUGAAGGCUUUCGCAGAGCUCUUCUGCUAUCCUGAUACUCAGACACCACGACCGAACGAUUUCUCGGACAAGAAGCAAUACAUUGUCCAGAGCACACUGCCAAUGGCCAUUGCUAAAAUCCGUGACUCUAGUGGCAAGUGUCCCGAAAAAGCCCGACGAUUUCUCCUGGACCAGGUGCAAUUCAAUAACAACGCCAACAACCCGUACUCUGAUCACUUCUAUGUUGCAAAGCUUCUUGAGGCUCUAGCAACAAGUCUAAUUCCAGAGAAGCGACACGACUCUGGGGACCAAAUGGACCUCGAUAUGUCACUAGAAGAGCGGAGCUUCCUUGGGGAGGCGUUGGUCGAAAUUGACAGGUUCCGCAGGAUGGACGAGUGGGCCAACUCUUACCAGAAUAUUUGGACGACCACGGCGCUCGAGUGCAGGCGAAAACUCAUGAAGGCUGGAGUCGUCCCAAAAAGCGCUCUAGAUUUCAUCCAGUACCUUCAGGACGAGACCUGCGACCUCGUACGAAUUAAGGCCUUCGAAGCUCUCGUGGACUUAGGGUAUAUGCUGGAAUUACCUAUAUUUCGUCUUAUACUAUCGGUCAUUAGCACCGACAAGUCCCCGUUCGUUCGAGACAGGCUCCUCAAUAUUUUCUGCUCCGGCCUAGCUGGUCUUGCUUUUGGAGAACAGUCUCAGCCCAAGGCACCCACUGCUGCUCCCGAUGGUGGGGACGUGCUAAUCAUGAAUAACCCGGAGAUUGAGACACAGGAGCGGCGCAAGCAAUUCGCUAGGAAGCAGGACAUCGAUGUCGCACUAGCAGCUUUACGAACGGAAAUGGAGGAGCAAUAUUCGGAGCAUGAACAAGCGCUGCAAAAAGCAGUUUGGAAGGCAAUGAACUCGGCAGUGAUUGGCCGCGCUGAAAAGAUUACGCUUCUUGAGUUGUGCGGUACCAUGUUUGAUGUUGCUGAUAGAUGGACGGUCACUCUCAACUUCCCAAGGAGGUGGAGGGUCACCCGUCCAGUCAAGAUCCAGCCAGGCAGACUUAUGGUCAACUUCAAGUCGUACUACAAGACAGGGUUACCGCAGAUCAAGCCUAAGGAAAAAGAGCCAGAGAAGGAGAAGGAGCCCGAGAAGGAGAAAGAGAAAGAAAAGGAAAAGGAGAGAGAACCGCAGCCGCAGCCGCAGCCGCAGCCGCAGCCGCUGGCUCGACCACCAGAACCUAAGCGUCUGAUCGUCAACAUGAAGAGCGGCGGCUCUGCCAAGAUCAGUAAAUCAGUGCCCUCAGCCUCUCGGCCUGUCUCAACUACACCCCGCCCUCUUCCGCCGUCGGCUGCGCAAAGUCCCAAACCAGCCUCGGCGCCUUCGCCGGUUCCUCGAGAAGCAGACUCGAUUGUUGCAUCAACAAUCAGGAAGGAGACAACACCCAAACCUUCAGUUGCGAAGCCCUCCAUAUCGAAGCCCUCGCUGUCCAAGCCAUCCGUGGUCAAGCCUUCAAUCUCCUCCAAGCCUUCCAUUUCCAAGCCAUCCGUCGUCAAACCCACGAUCUCAAAGUCAUCGGUUGCGAAACCUAUGGUGUCGUCGGGUUCGAUUUCUGUGCAACGGAACGGAAGUGCCACGCCGCAGCCUACAUCUUCGUCUGAUACGCCCAGCAGCAAAUCACAGAAGCGACCACGGCCCGACAAGGGCCCGGGGGUUGACGACGCGUCUCCGGUUUUGAAGAAGGCAAAGCUAAACAUCAGGCCCGACGGCACGAUCCCGAAGCGACGCAGAAUGUUCCGGUUUAGGCACCCCAACUUGAAGUCGAUUUUGAAGAAGGCCGGAGUGGUCUCGCAGAUGCCGCCCCUGAGAGACCCAUCGCAGAUCAAGCCUCGCAAACCAGCCUCACCGUUGACCUCUCGCGGUUCUCCUGCCGCGUCCCCGGCCCCUUCUCAGUACGAGAGCAGCAUUAUGGCAAAACCGGCUCGCAAGCCCCUACCGACAGGAUCUGGUCCAGGCUCCUCGGGGCCAGCGGCUAGUCCACCAACACCAGCGGCAUCUCUUCCACCAAAACCCCCACCACAGGCGUCUCCACCACCAGCAGAGGGCCAACCUGCUCCGAAGCGCGUCAAACUCGUCAUUAAGAAGCCAUCGUCAUCAGCGCCGCCAAAAUAA